GUUUAUAGGUUCCAGAGUCUAGAGUGUCUAUGUCCGUGUCCGUGUAUGUAGAAGAGAAAAAGUGGUUGUCCCUUUCUUUUCCCUUCUUUCCCUGAGAUCUGAGAGAAACCAUCCAAAAGAUAAGAGCCAGAAACAAAGAAAAAUCACAACAAGAAAUCUUUGCAUGAUGGAACUUGUUCAAGGUAACACUUUGGUAUUGAUUGAGUAAACCAGAAGAAAACCAACUCAGAAAGAUUGGAAAAUUCAGCAGCAAGAAGAACCUUUCACAUGUGAUGCACCUUUGAAAACAGAACGUGGGGUUGGAAGAUUCACACCGUGGAACCGUGCAAGCCAUCAAUCUAACUCUCCCAAACACAUUUUCACUCUCUAACAAAAGGAUUCACUGAGGGAAACCCAUCAGGAAAACAAUCAAACCUGCUUUGUGGCACUGUUUGAUCACUCAUUCAAUGAAGGAAGCUGACAGAAGCAGCUUGGAUCCACAGCUAUGGCACGCAUGCGCCGGCGGCAUGGUUCAGAUGCCGCCGGUGAACUCCAAGGUGUUCUACUUCCCACAGGGGCACGCGGAACACGCACAGUGCAGCGUGGACUUCGCAGCUUCCCUAAGAAUCCCACCGCUCAUCCUCUGCCGCGUCGCCGCCGUGAAAUUCUCCGCCGACCCAGAAACCGAUGAAGUGUUCGCCAAGAUGAGGCUGGUUCCCCUGAGAAACUCAGAGCUUGAUCACGAAGAUGGCGGUGAUGGUGCUUCUGAUGGAAACGCCACCGAGGGUUCAGAGAAGCCAGCGUCGUUCGCCAAGACGUUAACACAGUCCGAUGCUAACAACGGUGGCGGUUUCUCUGUUCCGCGGUACUGCGCGGAGACCAUUUUCCCACGGCUGGAUUACUCGGCUGAACCGCCGGUUCAGACCGUCAUCGCCAAGGACGUUCACGGCGAGGUUUGGAAGUUCCGGCACAUAUACAGAGGCACGCCGCGCCGGCACUUGCUGACAACCGGGUGGAGCAGUUUUGUCAACCAGAAGAAGCUCGUUGCAGGGGACUCUGUCGUGUUUCUGAGAGCUGAAAACGGCGAUCUCUGCGUCGGGAUUCGCCGGGCCAAGAGGGGUAUCGGCGGCGGGGCAGAGGUGCCGUCCGGGUGGAGUUCCGGCGCCGGUGCCGGAAACUGCGGUCUUGGGCCUUAUGGGGCUUUUUCUGUGUUCUUGAGAGAAGAAGGUAAGCUUUUGAGGAAUGGUUGUGGCGGUGGCAACUCGAGUCCUGGCGGUGUUGGAAGGCCAAAAGUGAGUGGUGAAUCUGUGAGGGAAGCUAUGGCAUUGGCUGGGAGCAAUCAAGCUUUUGAGGUUGUUUACUAUCCGAGAGCUAGUACUCCUGAGUUUUGCAUCAAGACUUCAGCUGUGAAAGCUGCUAUGAGGAUUCAAUGGUGUUCUGGGAUGAGGUUUAAGAUGCCAUUUGAAACUGAGGAUUCUUCAAGGAUAAGCUGGUUUAUGGGGACCAUAGCUUCUGUUCAGGUUGUUGAUCCUAUACGUUGGCCUAAUUCCCCUUGGAGACUUCUUCAGGUUACUUGGGACGAGCCAGAUUUGCUACACAAUGUGAAGCGUGUAAGCCCGUGGCUGGUUGAGUUAGUCUCAAACAUGUCAACCAUCCACCAUCUCACACCCUUCUCUCCUCCGCGGAAGAAGCUCCGGUUUCCGCCACACCCGGACUUCCCGCUUGACAUUCAAUUUCCGUUACCGGCGUUUUCAGGCAACCCCCUCGGGCCUAGCAGCCCCUUGUGUUGUCUAUCUGACAAUGCUCCUGCAGGCAUACAGGGAGCCAGGCAUGCUCAAAUUGGAAUAUCUCUCUCAGAUAUCCACCUCCACAACAAACUGCAGUUGGGGGUGCUUCCAACUAACAUAACCAACCAUGAUCAUAAAAGCAAGGAAAGCUUAUCAUGCUUGCUCACCAUGGGAAAUUCUCAAAAAAGUUUGGAGAAAUCUGAUGAUGAUGUGAAGAGACACCAAUUUUGGCUUUUUGGUAAACCGAUACUCACUGAGCAACAAAUUUCUAGAAGAAGAGCUUCUAGUGAUGAUGAUAAUGUGUUGUUGUCUCAGAAUUGUAAUUCACCAAAGAAAGAGAAGUGGUUUUUUGGUGACUCUCAAAUCCAAUCAUCACCAGAAAAGUCUUCUACUACUUCUAGUGGUGAAUUCUCUUGGCAACUUGGUUUGGACACUGGUCAUUGCAAGGUUUUCUUGGAGUCAGAAGAUGUGGGAAGAACACUGGACCUGUCACGUGUUGGUUCUUAUGAAGAGCUUUAUAGGAGACUGGCCAACAUGUUUGGAAUGGAAAGGUCUGAGCUGUUGAGUCAUGUGCUCUACCGUGACUCCACAGGUGCUGUUAAACAUACUGGUGAAGAACCCUUCAGUGACUUCAUGAAGACAGCAAAAAGAUUGACCAUUCUGACAGAUUCUGCAGGCAGCAAAGAUACUAGAAGGGUCUUGAUUACAGGAACUAGGAAUGCUGAACGUGGAUUGGAUGCGUCAAAUAAGACAGGUCCUCUGAGUAUAUUUGCUUAAUAUGGUGUGGCACAUGAGACUUUGGUUUUUAGCUUUGAUUUGUGAAGUUUGAAGGAUGUAGUUACCACUCUUACUUACUAGAGGAGACUGAAUAUGAAGUAAACUUUCACAUUCUAUAAAGAAGAUUGCCAUAUUUUUGUUUAUCUGAAGUUGAAGAAAACAAUGAUUAUUCCUCUAUUAUGGACAAUUGCUAUUCAAUAUUAACCAAGAUUUGGGUUCCCUUUUAUGUAAGCUGCUAGGGAUCUCCAGUGUAGUUUACACGAUGCGGGGCUAAAACGUUUGUGCUACUGUGCGAAACCAUUUGUUUGGAUCUUAUA